GCCGCCUCGCCGUCGAGCGAGUCGCGGCGGCGAUGGUGCUCCGCCGUGGUGCCGGUGGUGGGGGAGACGAGGGCUUCCUCCAGGUCCGCCGACGCGGCGAGCGCCUCGGCCGUGCUCUGGCGGCGGGCCUUGGGCGUCGUGUGGGCCUGCUGCUGGGCGUUGGCCGAGGUGGCGGUAGAGCUCGACAUUGUGACAGUGGAGGUGGUGGGGGCUGUGGUUGUGGUGGGGUGGUCGAGGUUGGCGGCGGCGCUAUUUGGGUUUGGCCUGAUGGCGAGCGGGGAGGACUGCUGCAGCCGGGCGGUGGUGUUGGGCAUUCACCGAUUCUUUGGAGGGUGGCCUGUCUCGUUCAAGGGUGGGUAAACUGAAAAUACGUUGGGACUAUGAUGAGAUUGACGAUGAAGCAAACAAUCCGUGGCUUGGGUGGUCUCGAAACAAUGUAGAGAUUCUGGGUGUGUCUGGAUGCUUUACAAAUUGCGAGGGGACGUGAACUGAAAUACCACUGUCUUGAAACCCCCAAACCUGGACUGCUCCUGCUGCUCCGUCAUGAGUCUCGAGGUCUGAUCUAUUACGCAGUCGCCACCAGCCACCACUCUCAUCAGCUGUUGUCGCAUGUCCCCCGUCCACUCGGAUCAGGGCCAGGACGCAGCAUCGUGCGGGGUAGGGAAGCCGCGCACGAGUGAGAGGAAACGCCUGAGGGGCAGGCAGGCUCAACUGCGGCCUCAACUGGCCCGACGCUGUGUCUUUCGAUCUGCCCACGUUAGCUUCCCGCCUUCCCACUACCACCGAGUGGCCGAAUACGGAUGGCGUGCAGGCACGGUGUGGCUGCCGUGGGGCUGCUGCAACUCGGCUGAAGUGGCAGCCAGUCGGGGGAGGGAGCACGAGAUGGACGUCGCUGCUGAUUCGGCCAGUCUCUUUGUCGUUCAAGUCAAGCCAGACUGCCCGGCAACGGCUCGCGGUGGAAAGGGGCGAUGGGAGCUUCGGAAAGCGGCGGUGUGGUUUGGCAAAUCCUCGCUGCAAGGAAAUAAAGCCCAACUAAAGGCGUUUAGUAGCGCCGCCCCGAGCUCUCAACUGAGCCGGUGCCCGGACGACGCACCUAGUCUCGCGGGCAGGGCAGGGUUCGGGCAGGCAGGGUUCGAGCGUGGAGCAGCUAAAUUGGCCGAUCGGAACUCCGUUUUCUGCCUUUGCCUGGCACUCGACAUGGAGUCGGUUCUCGGGCCACGGCGCAGCGCGUGCUCUUCAAACAUUGAACCUUCAUUGUUUAAUCCAUUCUCGAGCAUGUGGACUGGACUUGUGGGCAACGCGGCGGGCAGGUGGGGUGGAGCAACGACGCGGUUUUCUGGUGUUGACGGCACAAGGCCUGGCGGUGUUGCGCCCCAGUGGGCUCCUCCUGGCAGCGCUGGGGCCAGGCCUGGAGCCACGCGCGACGCCCUGCAACUGGCUCGCUAA